CCGUCUGGGUAAUAUAUGGUAUGUGUUUUGAGCCAAGAAUGCACAGAUGGUCGCCUUUCCCAUGGACGUACGAGCUUUAAAAUACUAUGUAUGUGGCGUAAUGUUAAUUCACAAGUGAGUUCGCGCUGUUGCGUGUUCGCCUGUUUGAACAAGAACCGCUAACAUCCGGGGAAUUUCUUAUUUAUUGUCUCUAGCAUAUGUGCAAUUAAAAUAAGCUACGUUGCUAAUUUAGCUCCCAAAGCGAAAAGAAUUACAGUAAAACUGUUAGCGCACAGUUUGAUAAGCCGCCUUGUAGGAUAAAAGGACUAUGUCUUAGAUGUUUCAAAGCAUAAUGUUAGUACUGAACGUUAUAACCCCUAUCUGGCUUGUUAAGUCAGGGAAAUUAUAAGCUACCCUUUGUUUCAAAGCUACAUUGAUUGCUUGACUGGGUCGUAUCGGGAAGCAGCCGCAGAUCGAAAAUGGAUGAAAGUGCCGAAAACGACGACAUUGUCAUAAUCGUCGAGAACGAGGCAGAAAGUUUGCCCGCCGAGGAGGAGAGGCAGAAGCAACAAGGCACCUUCGGGCUGAUGGACACUUGUCCUAUCUGCAAGUUGAGCUUCCACAACAGAGAGCCCAAACUCCUGCCGUGUCUCCACUCUUUCUGCAAGAGGUGUCUCCCUGCUCCCUUCAGGAGCGCGGACCCGAGGCGUGACUCGCAAGGACAGGUCGACAGCAACAAGCCAUUGGGUGCCAUACGAUGUCCAGUUUGCAGACAGGAAUGCUGGGAUAUGGACGUGUUGGAUAAUUUCUUUGUCAAGGACUCCGCCGAGGUGCCGAGCAGCACGGUAGAGAAAACCAGCCAGGUGUGUAUGAGCUGCGAUGACAACACAGAGGCAACAGGUUACUGCGUGGAGUGUGUGGAGUUUCUGUGUGUGACGUGUAUUGAGGCGCACCAAAGGGUCAAGUUCACCAGGGAUCACACCAUACGGCAGAAAGAGGAGAUGUCUCCAGAAGCAGUAGGUAUUUCCACACAGAAGCCUGUGUUUUGUGACAUCCACAAGCAGGAGCCACUGAAGCUGUUUUGUGAGACUUGUGACCGACUCACCUGUCGAGACUGUCAGCUGCUUAAACACAAGGAUCACAACUACCAGUUUUUGGAGGAUGCGUACAGGAACCACAGGCAGUAUCUGGAGAACAUGACGCAGCAGUUGCAGGAGAAAAGAAAGGCCAUUGAGGAGGUGUCCGGCUGUAUCAGCUCUGGACUCCAGCAAGUUGAAGAAAACCGGAAGUCUGUAAUGAAUGAAAUAAAGAAAUCUGUUUGUAACUUGAUUAUGGAGAUCAACAGGAAGGGAAAGAUUCUGGGUAACCAGCUUGAGGCUCUCACUAAGGACCAUGAGUUGGGUUUAAAAAAGCAGCAAGAUGAGGUCAACUCUCUGAGCAGGCACCUAGACCACGUCAUCAGCUUUACUAAAUGGGCUACAGCCAGCCACAGUGGAACAGCCCUCCUCUACUGCAAGAGACUGAUCCUUUGUCAGAUCCAUUACCUGAUGAGAGCGAGCUGUAAUCCCUCCAUCGUCCCUCAGAGUUCGGUUCGCUUUCAGUGUCGCUCUGGUUUCUGGGCCACGAAUGUAGACCUCGGUUCUUUGGUAGUAGAAAGGGGCCCUGGCCGGCCACCCAUCACCAACCACCAGGCAGGUCCCAGAGCAGAGGCGCCCACUGGAGGUCUCUCAGCUGUCUCAGCAGCUCAGCAGCGACAGAGCACACUGGCUCAGCUUCAGAUGCAGGUGGACAAGCUUUCCCAGCAUCCCCACAGGCAGCCCCCUCCUAACCACUGGUCUUGGUACCAAAACGUCAGGCUCCCAGGACCCCCAGGACCCCCUGGACCCCCUGGACCUCCACCCCAAACCAGACCCAUCCAUGGCGGGUCCUCCCCCUCCCAAGGCCCCCCCAACUUGGGCCAGCCAGGGCGCAGAUACGGGAGCUCCCAUCCCAACCCCAGAAGCCCCACAUCAACCAUGAUUCACAACACAGGAUUCCCACCUUCUCAGUCUCUGAGAGAUCUGAUCCAUAGCUCCAGCUUCCCUCCUAAACCCAUGGAUGUGUUGCAGGGACCGUCCCGCUACCCACAGCCUCUGUCCGCUGGAGCAGCUACACAGACGUCCAUACAUCAGCGGGGCCUAACGGAGUCCUCCUUCCUGAAGAGGAGUGAGGCUGGGGGAUCUGUGCCCUCUAUCACAAUCUCUAUCCCCAAACCCAGCUUCGCUCCGAGUCUAGCUUCGGCAACUGCAGACAAAACAAGCGCGCUUAAUCACAUAGCAGUUCAAGCAAGGCAGAACUCUCCGAUGGCCAAGCCAACUUCUUCAGACAGAAGCACAGGGACGACUUCCUGGAAGCCGACUUUUGAGGCUCCGUCUGCCCCCUCAGCCAAGCGUCGAAGAAGGUCAUCCCCAGGGCCUGUAAUCGUCAUCAAGGACGAACCAGAGGACGAGGAUGAAGUUCGUUUUGUUCAGUCCAGUGUCGGCUCCAGCCUACCGGACAGCAGCACCGGAGCUCAGUCAAAGCCUAGACAGCAGCUUAAGGUGUCCGCCCCUGCCCCGGUCCCCGGAUCGGAGUCCAAAGCUGGGAAAGAGCAGCGUCCUCAGUCUGCGGGGCAGCCGCAGUCUGAAAAGAGAGCAGAGCCGGAGGAUGAUCCCAAUGAGGACUGGUGCGCUGUCUGUCAGAACGGAGGGGAGCUGCUCUGCUGCGACAAGUGCCCCAAAGUUUUUCAUCUGGCCUGUCACAUUCCCACUCUGAACGAGUCCCCCAGUGGCGAGUGGUUCUGUUCGUUCUGCCGAGACCUCGUCUCUCCUGAGAUGGAGUACGACUGCAACAGCAAGGAUGACCCCGUCUCUGAAGGAUUCCCCCCUGUUGACAGAAGGAGGUGUGAGAGGCUGCUACUACGUCUGUUCUGCAAUGACUUCAGCACCGACUUCCAGCAGACUGCUUCUCCCUCAGAGACAAGAAGGUACAAAGAGCUGAUCAAGACCCCGAUGGAUUUGUCGAUAGUGAAGAGGAAACUGGAGUCGAAGUCGAGGGAAGGUGAAUGUUACAGCAGUCCGGAGGGAUUUGUCUCGGACGUCAGGCUCAUAUUUUUCAACUGUGCAAAGUACUACAAGGCGACCUCAGAGGUGGGCAGUGCAGGCUUGUACUUGGAGGACUACUUUGAGGAACAGCUGAAACAAGUCUACCCAGACAGGGUCUUCCCCGGGGGGAGGGAAGAACAGAUGAUUCCUCCCUUGGAGGAUGAGAUAGAUGAAGAAGAAGAAGAAGAGGAAGAGAUGAUGGAGGAAGGCAUGGCUCCCAUCGAAGACGAUAAGCCACAGAGUCCCGCGGGAGAAGGGAUUCCUCCUGUAGAAGAGGACCUUCCUCCUCUGGAAGAAGCAUCAGCCCCAGCGGAGGAAGAAAAGCCCGAAACGCAGGAGAAGGUGAUCGAUACGAGCGAUAAGGGGACGGACAAAAAGGCAGAUGCCGCGACGGAAAGUGCGCCUCCUGCACAGGAGGUAGAGCAGAACGAGAAAACUCACGUGCAGGAGGGGAAAAGUUCUCCGGCUGCAGAGAGUGAAACAAAAGACGGAGACGCUCCCAGCUCCCCGAAGGAGGAGAACCCUCAGCUCUCCACAGACAAGACUGCACAUCCACAUGAAACCCUGGAGAAGGAGUCGGCUCCUGCAGACACACCCACAGAGGAGGAGGGCUAGACGGAUUACCACAGAGAGAAACUAUAGAAAGGAUGGAUGAUUUCAGUCUUCCACAGAAGUGGCCCCAGUGGGGACCUACAUUUGCUGCCACCAGACAUUUUUUCUAACAUGUUAUAUUUGCAAUAGAAAAAAAAAAGGGGCACUGCUAUACAAAGAAAGACUUAUUUAGUAGCGUUCAUGCUGUAGAUGCACAAUGAAGGGAGCCAGGGAAGCUCCUUUUUUUUGUUUUUUGCCGGACAGAGGUUACAAUUUUACUGUAACACAGAGGGUUAUUUUCUGUGAGGUCGACACUGAGAAGCACACAUAAGAUAUUCUUUGUUGAUAGGAUGGUGUGUAAAUUAUGAUCAGUUACCUUGCUUAUCACUUGUACAUAACAAUGCCAUGAACUGAAGGAACAAAUGCUGCAAUCAAAAUAUAGAAAAAAAGGAUUUUGAAAUAGCAAUGCAUGCACGAUGUCUUAAUAUAAAUAAUAAUUUUUGUGUUUAUAGACUUGAGCUCACUUGUACUAGCUGUGCGGCUCAUAAACUGUUGCAAUAGUAUUAUUAUUUUAUUUUUAAUAGUAUUGUAUUACUGCUAUGUAUGCAACAAAUAGGGCCCGCUCUAUGUACUGUAGUAUUUGUACAGAUGCUGCCACAUCUGUCAGUGAUUUGACAAACCUGGCAUUUUGAAAAUUGCGCUGCUUGGUCGUUUACAAACAAAAAUGAAUUGCCACUGUCAUGGUUUCAUUUUUGUGUUGCCAGUUUGAGGCCUCUUACCCCCCCCCAAUCCCAGCUAUGGGAUCACCCAGCAGCCUUGGUGGUUUUUUAUCAGGAGAACAAGUCUUCAAACUUUCCUGUUAUCAGUCCUAGAUAAUUCAGAGACAUGAUUAUCACUUUCCCGUCAUCGUCAGCGUCUAAAAACAAUGUGUUUCCAAAUUGUGUCCUUGCCCUCCUGCUGCAUGAUUACUUUUGCACAAGAUUAGGCCUAAGCCGUAUUGUUUUAGUCAGUUUCCCUCACUGACUGUCAUGGAAAAGCAUGAUGCAUAAAUUGGUCUAUGGCAUUAAAUGAAGAAAUCACAUUUAUUGACAGAGGCUUCAGUUAACUAAACCAUCCUGUAUGAAGUCAACUCAUAUCAACUUCAACAUAGAUUAUUUUGUCCAACAUCAUUAUUGUUAUUAUUUAUUGAAGAUAAACAGGACCUGUAAAUGAACUCUACAAUGUUGAGCAUAAAAAAUACCUGCAAUUACAAUAUUUGUAAUAAACAGGGUUACAUGUA